AUGGAUGAGAUGGCCGACAAGGUGGCCAAAGGCAUUCAACCCAAGUUAGGGGGUAGUGCCUUGGUGUUUUACUCUUACCCAGCACUCAAGGCUGACGCUCGCAAAUUCGGUAACACCGUCAGCGGAAAAUCCUGGGAUAAUUUUUAUCCUCUCGAUAAAACUGUUGCUGAGUGGGAGGCUGAAUGCGCAAAAAAUAAUUUGAAUUCGAACGAUGUCUUCAGCCUAGCCUUGGCCAUCAUUGCUCCUGCGGGCAAGACAUACGUCAUGUUAAAGGACAAAGAUCCCGAAGGACAAACUUGGCUUAAGAUCGAGUUCCCUAAGCUCGAAGCUAGGGGGAUUUCAGUUAUUGCAGUCGAUGCUGCCGACCCCAGGUUUCCAACAAAGCCAUAUGUUAAGCAUACAAACCCCUUCAUCUGCUCCAGUCCAUCAAAGCGUGGAAAGGCAGGAGGCAACGGGUGCACCAGUGCGAAGCCCGCAAAGCCAGCCAACUCAAAGGCACCCCCUCCCGCUAAAGCCAACACCAAGAAACCCGCGGUUAAGGCGAAGCCCAAGAAGCGUGCAGCAGGGAUGAGACUUAGAAGGUGUAUAGCAAACGCUGGGCAUAAAAGGGGGAUGAAGAGGUUGUACAGGCACUAUUAA